CCCCGCGGUCGCAGGAAAGUGAAAGGGCCGCGGGGCUUCCGCACGCGCCGCCCCAGGAAGUCGCGAGCAGGAAACGCCCAUGGAGGCCCGGCAGGGCUGCGGUGAGCCGGCCUGGGCAGCGCAGUAUUUGUAGGACUUAAGGCGCCAGAAAGACCCCCAGCCAUCGACCACCGCCAUUGGGCACCUUUUUCCUCUUUCUCCCGUCAAGCUGGUGACUGGAGCUCCCCGGGAACCGUCAUGAUUUGCAUUUGAACGAACGGAGGACACUGGAGAGCCUGUCACCCCACCCCCAGAGAGCUAAGCCUCCGCAGGAAGGAGGAGGGGACGUGACACCCAGCGGGACACCUCUACUCGCGUUCCAGCCUGUGUGAGCGCAGGGGCGAGCGGGAAACUCGGAGCCAGGAUUGCCACCCUCUUUAUGAAGCGUCCGAUCGCGUGACCAGAGCUCCGUGGCCCGUGCGUAAAUGGCUCGACUCCCUGCCGGCAUUCGCUUCAUCGUCUCAUUCUCCCGGGAUCAGUGGUACAGAGCCUUCAUUUUCAUCUUGACGUUCUUGCUGUAUGCCAGUUUCCACCUAUCUCGAAAGCCUAUCAGCAUAGUUAAGGGUGAGCUCCACAAGUACUGUGCUCCCGGGAAGAAGGACGGGGUCAGGGUCAGCGACCAGAGCCAAACGGCCGGCGGCGUCCCCACUCACCAGCUCCCCGACAACGAGACCGACUGCGGCUGGGCCCCGUUCGAUCAGGACAACUACCAGCAGCUGCUCGGGGCCCUGGACUACUCCUUCCUGUGCGCCUACGCCAUCGGCAUGUACCUGAGUGGCAUAAUAGGGGAGCGCCUGCCCAUCAGGUAUUACCUAACUUUCGGAAUGCUGGCCAGUGGCACCUUUACUGCCCUGUUCGGGCUGGGCUAUUUCUACAACAUCCACAGUUUCAGCUUCUACGUGGUAACUCAGAUCAUCAACGGACUGGUGCAGACCACCGGCUGGCCCAGCGUCGUCACCUGCCUCAGCAACUGGUUUGGGAAAGGAAGGCGAGGCUUGAUCAUGGGGGUCUGGAAUUCCCACACCUCCGUGGGCAACAUCCUGGGGUCCUUGAUUGCUGGCUACUGGGUGUCCACGUGCUGGGGCCUGUCCUUCAUCGUGCCCGGGGCCAUCGUGGCAGCCAUGGGGGUCGUGUGCUUUCUCUUCCUUAUCGAACAUCCAAAGGACAUAGCCUGCUCGCCCACCCUGGUGGCGCACUCAAAAAGCUAUGAGAACGGCACACACAGAUUUAGACUGCAGAGGCCAGCCGUGCCCGACGAGAAGCUUCUGGACCCGGAGACGCAGUGCCUGCUGCUGUCGGACGGGAAGCGCGCCGUCCGCCAGAACCACGUGGUCCUCCUCCCGGCGGCCGACGGCGGGAGCAGCAUGGCCGCCAUCAGCUUCACGGGGGCCCUGAAAAUCCCCGGUGUGGUCGAGUUCUCCCUGUGUCUGCUCUUUGCGAAGCUGGUCAGCUACACGUUCCUCUUCUGGCUUCCUCUCUACAUCACCAACGUCGACCACCUGGAUGCCCAGGAGGCAGGGGAGCUGUCCACCCUGUUCGACGUGGGCGGGAUCUUCGGCGGGAUCCUGGCGGGGGUCGUCUCCGACCGCCUGGAGAAGAGGGCCUCCACCUGCGGGCUGAUGCUGCUGCUGGCCGCACCCACGCUCUACGUGUUCUCCACCGUCAGCAGGAUGGGCCUGGAGGCCACCGUAGCCAUGCUGCUGCUCAGUGGAGCCCUGGUCAGCGGGCCCUACGCGCUGAUCACCACCGCCGUCUCUGCUGACCUGGGGACGCACAAAAGCCUGAAGGGAAAUGCCCACGCCCUCGCCACCGUGACCGCCAUCAUUGACGGAACUGGGUCUGUAGGAGCAGCCCUGGGCCCCUUGCUGGCUGGGCUCAUCUCCCCGUCGGGGUGGAACAACGUCUUCUACAUGCUCAUGCUGGCAGACGCCUGUGCCUUACUGUUCCUUAUCCGCCUCAUACACAAGGAGCUGAGCUGCCCAGGGUCAGCGACAGAGGACCAAGUUCUGUUUAAGGAACACUGACCGCCGGCUCCUGCAGAGGGAGGCUGGGCCUGUCCUCCACACGCCAUCGUCCUCCAAGGGAAAGUUCAAAGAAAGGAUCCUGGGUUUGUGUUGAAUGACUUACUCUUGCCUUUUGCACACGCACCUGGAAGAGACACGGAAGCCACCCUGAGAACUCCCGGUACUGUUUUAGACGAGCCGUGGCGCUUGGGACAGCGCUGAGGACGCGCCGCCACCGUGGCUGAGCCCAGCCCGGGCGGCGGGCACCUGGCAGGGGCUGCUGGGAGGCGCUCAGGUGCCCUCCACCCCUCAAGUAUCUGGGGCGGAGUCUCAGAUCGGGGUGAGCGCCACGCUGGCGGGGGCUCCGAGGACACCAGGACAUGCCGUGUGGAAGACAGUCAGGGCACAUACAGCAACCAGCGAAGAGCCACCUCCCAAGGACAAGAACCUGACCACCGGGUCAGAAACGCACACAGAACCUAGACCCGCCCCCUCACCCGAAGACCCCGGCAGUUCCUCCUGCUCUGUGCCCACCUGACAGCCACGGUGACCGGUGAGCAGUGAUGAAGCCGUCCAAGCCCUUGUGGGUCAGAGGCACCGGACACCAGCCCAGAGCCCCCGGGGGACUCCCACCCUCCCGGCACCGAGGGCCAGGCGCUGCUGGCCCACUGCGGGGGGCGCCGGUAGCAGACGGGUGCCCAGGGCAGAGUUUGUUCCACUGCACGACACGCCAGCCUGGAACUUGGCGCUGCGCAGCCCCGAGCGGGUUAUUUAUUGAGACGCACACUGCGCUGCGGAAGCCCCGCACACACGCGGCGCCCGUUAUUUAUUAGGGCCGGCCGGCCCGCAGUUCCACGGCCACUGUUUUCUGGUCGUCGCCUAGGAGGAUCCUCAUCCGCCCUCGGAAAUAAAGUGUUUUUGGUUUUUUUAAAAAA